AUCCCUCCCACGCCAUUUCCACGAGCCAAACACAAGAAGUAGAGGAAUCUCUCUUAUCUCUCGAUCUCUCUCUCUACAACAAUGGCUUCCUCAACAGCUCUCUCCGGCGCCAUUUUCAGCACCUCCUUCCUCCCCCUCCAACCCUCUCCUUCUCCCGUUACUAUCAAAUCCCUAUCUCCGGCGAUCUCCUCCCCCGCCCUCCGCCUCAGCUCCGCCUCCUCCCGCGGAGGCGGCGUCGUCGCCAUGGCGACUUACAAGGUGAAAUUCGUCACCCCCGACGGCGAGACCGAGAUCCAGUGCGACGACGACGUCUACGUCCUCGACGCAGCGGAGGAGGCGGGGCUCGAUCUGCCGUACUCGUGCCGCGCCGGUUCGUGCUCGAGCUGCGCCGGGAAAGUGGUGACGGGAUCCGUGGACCAGUCUGACCAGAGCUUCUUGGACGAUGACCAGAUCGGGGAAGGGUAUGUCCUCACUUGUGUUGCUUACCCAACUUCUGAUGUCGUGAUUCAGACCCACCAAGAAGAAGCCAUUGUUUAAGACACAACCUUAAUCUCUCUCUCUCUCUCUCGUUGUUGAGAGAUUGCUGCAUGUGUUCUUACUCAUCUAUCUAUGCAUUCUUACUCUUUGUUGUUCUCACUUUAAGUAAUUUGGACAAUGGAAAACUAGUUUUGCUUGUUCCUUAAGGUACGUGUGGUCAAAGAAACUAAGGUUUGUGAUUCGUUUCGGGUUUUGUUCUAGUAAAAUGUUAAAAAGUUUUGUUUUUUUA